AUGUCUGCCAAUGGCGAACUUCGACUCAAGAGAAGGACAAGUCCGACUUCGGCGCUGGAGAGGCCGAAGAAACAGUUGAAGCCAGAGAAUGGAGUUCCUACCCCCGGCGACGCUACUCCUCAGAAUGGCUCCGUGUACGAUAUCGAGGCCAACUCGAACUCGGUUCCCAUUAUCAACCCCGUUCCAGCCGCGGGCGAUUCUCCAGAAUGGCAGGCUACCAUAGAAAGAGUGAUUAAGAGUGUGGUGUCCAUUCACUUCUGCCAGACAUGCUCUUUUGACACCGACCUGUCCCUCUCUUCCCAAGCGACCGGGUUCGUGGUCGACGCGGAAAAUGGCUACAUCAUGACCAAUCGCCACGUCGUCUGCGCCGGUCCAUUCUGGGGUUAUUGCGUGUUUGACAACCAUGAAGAGUGCGACGUGAAACCUGUCUAUCGCGAUCCUGUCCACGAUUUCGGUAUUCUACAAUUCGAUCCCAAAGCUAUCAAAUAUAUGAAUGUCCAGGCGCUCAAACUCCAGCCGGAGUCUGCAAAAGUGGGUGUGGAGAUAAGAGUGGUUGGCAACGACGCCGGGGAGAAACUCAGCAUCCUCUCGGGUGUGAUUAGUCGGCUCGAUCGCAAUGCUCCAGAAUAUGGUGAAGGCUACAGUGACUUCAACACCAACUACAUCCAAGCUGCUGCUGCUGCUACUGGUGGAAGCUCCGGUAGUCCAGUGGUUAAUCUAAGUGGACACGCGGUUGCUCUACAAGCCGGCGGCCGUAUUGAUGGUGCCGCUACUGAUUACUUCUUACCGCUUGACCGUCCCCUGCGUGCGCUGCAGUGUCUACAACGAGGGGAACCGGUUAGCCGAGGAACUAUCCAGACGCAAUGGAUGCUGAAACCCUUUGACGACUGUCGGAGGUUGGGUUUGACACCCGAUUGGGAAUCAGCAGUCCGAAAAGCCCAUCCGAAAGAGAACAGUAUGCUUGUCGCCGAGAUUGUGCUCCCUGAAGGACCUGCAGACAACAAGAUCCAAGAAGGGGAUGUUUUGAUCAAGGUCAACGGGGAGUUGCUGACAUCGUUUGUUAAACUUGAUGCCAUUCUCGACUCCAGCGUGGGUGGGAAGGUGGACCUCUUGUUCCAACGUGGGGGAGAGGACCACGAAGUGACACUGGCGGUGGGAGAUCUUCAUGCAAUUACCCCAGACAGAUUUGUCACUGUGGCUGGCGGGAGCUUUCACAACCUGUCCUAUCAGCAAGCUCGACUAUACGCCAUUGCCUGUAAAGGGCUGUAUGUGUGUGAAGCUGCCGGGUCGUUCAAAUUGGAUAGUGCUCUUUCGGGGUGGAUCAUUGACACAGUGGACCAGAAACCGACGCCCGACCUCGAAGCCUUCAUCGAAGUCAUGAAAACCAUUCCUGACCGGUCUCGGAUCGUUAUUUCGUACCGACAUAUUAGGGAUCUUCAUACUCGGGCCACUACGAUCGUACAUAUCGAUCGGCAUUGGCACCCGAAGAUGAGGUUGUCAGUGCGAAAUGAUCAAACAGGCCUGUGGAAUUUCAAGGACCUGGGUAAGGCCCUGCCUGCUGUACCACAAGUGCCAAAGUCGGCAGAUUUCAUCCAACUGGACGGCGUCAAUCUGCCUGCCGCGGCCGAAAUCAUCCGUUCGUUUCUCAAGAUCACAUGUUACAUGCCUGUCAAGAUUGAUGGAUAUCCUCAAGCAAGAAGAACGGGUUUUGGAUUGGUGAUCGACGCGGAGAAAGGCCUGGUGGUGGUAUCCCGGGCCACUGUUCCAAACGACCUGUGUGACAUUACCGUGACGGUUGCUGAUUCGAUACAAAUCGAGGGCAAAGUUGUUUUCCUACAUCCGUUGACCAACUACACCGUGAUUCAAUAUGAUCCCUCAUUGGUGCAUGCGCCGGUGCAAACUGCGAAGCUAUCCACCGAGAUGAUCAAGCAAGGCGCCGACACGAUCUUUGUGGGUUUCAAUCAGAACCAUAGGGCCGUGGUCGCAAAGACCACGGUUACGGAUAUUACGGCUGUUGGAAUCCCUGCCAAUGCAGCAGCUCCUAGAUACCGGGCGGUCAACCUCGACGCCAUUACCAUUGACACGGGUUUAUCCUCUCAGUGUGCAUCCGGUGUGCUGAUGAGCGCGGAUGGCGUGGUGCAGGCUUUGUGGCUUACCUACAUGGGUGAGCGAAGUCAAGGCAGCCAUAGAGACACGGAAUACCAUCUAGGCUUGGCUACGAGCAUGAUCAAGCCGGUAAUUGACCAGAUUCGAUCUGGUAUUAUACCGAAGCUUCGGAUUCUGAAUAUGGAGUCUUAUGUCGUACAGAUGUCGCAAAUGUCGCAUCAUGGGAGUUUCGGAAGAUUGGAUCUCAAAAGUGGCCAAGGCCAAUCCAUCGCGACAUCAAUUGUUUAUUGGGACAUCAUCUUAACUCUGAAUGACCAACUCAUCACCCGGGUCAGUGAUUUCGACAUCAUGUAUGACAAGGAAUGGCUCGACGCGCUCGUCGUCCGGAAAGGCAAGGAGAUCCGCCUUCGCGUCCCAACUGUGCCUACGGAAGACCUGGAGACCUCACGAGCGGUGAUCUUCUGCGGAGCGGUGCUCCAGAAACCACACCAUGCUGUGAGACAACAAAUCAGCAAGCUUCAUUCGGAGAUCUACGUCAGUGCAAGGAGUCGGGGUUCGCCAGCCUAUCAGUAUGGGUUGGCACCUACGAAUUUCGUGACCCAUGUCAAUGGGGUGAAGACCCCAGACUUGGACGCGUUCGUAAGAGAGGUCAACAAGAUUGACGACAACACGUACUUCCGGCUGAGGGCAAUGACUUUCGACAACGUGCCGUGGGUAGUAACGAUGAAAAAGAACGAUCACUAUUUCCCGAUGUCAGAGUAUGUCAAAGACCCUACCAAAGCCAAUGGGUGGAAAGUCAUCUCGUAUGGUUCGCGGGGUCGCAAAACAAGAGGCGAAGAUGGAGCCCCCAUGACCUCAGAUUCAAUGAGCGCGGAAGACGACGGCUUGAGCGAUGGCGAUGAAGCCCCAGAUAGAGAUGGAUGCUAG